ACACCCCGUGUCCUCGACAGAAAAAAAAAUACGUUCUUUUAUCAGAAAAGACUAGACAUAAUAUAAUUUGGUUGUUAGACCGGUGAGACAGAGAUUUACGCGGGAAAAGUAUCGGAGCUUCGAAAAAUCGCAAGUUGUGUGAACUCUGAGCUGACUGAACAUUCGACGGGUGAGUUCGGAUGCUCUCUGUCAAUGCCCUUCACCGCUCCUCCGCAUCGUCUCUCGUACACCGUCUCCUCCCUCCUAGCCACCUCCACACUCGUCCCCGAUCCGCUGCCGCUGCCGCUGCCGCAACUGCUACCUGGAACACCACCCACAUCUUCGUCCUCUCCAACCCCAUCCUCUCCCUCCUCGAACGGUCCACGUCCCUCUCCCACCUCAAGCAAGUCCAAGCCCAGAUGACUGUCACCGGCCUCGUCUCCGAUCCACUUGCGCUCAGCCGGCUCGUUGCCUUCUGUGCAAUAUCCAAUUCCCGUGACCUCAAUUACUGCACCAAGAUCCUGUACUCUGCUUGCAACGCGAAUGCGUUCUCGUGGAAUGUCGCGAUCCGAGGAUUCAUUGAGGGCGGGGACCCGAGGGAAGCGUUCAAUCUGUACAGACAAAUGCUGAGGAAUGACGGGUUGAGGCCCGAUAAUUACACUUAUCCUCUGCUGCUCAAGUUGUGCGGUGGGUUAAAGCUGAAAGAUUUGGGCAGGGAGGUUCUCGGCCACGUCGUAAAGUUGGGAUUUGAUCAAGAUUUAUUCGUGCACAAUGCAGUGAUUAACCUAUUAGUAGCAUUGGGCGAGCUGGGGGAUGCUCGUAAGUUGUUCGAUGGAAGUCCAGUGAGAGACCUAGUCUCGUGGAACACACUGAUUACGGGGUAUAUUAAAGGCGGGCAGACAGAGGGAGCACUGAGAUCAUAUAGGAAAAUGGAGUCUGAAGGGUUCAAGCCCGAUGAGGUCACUAUGAUUGCCAUGGUCUCUUUGUGUGCCCAAGUUGAGGACUUGAAUUUAGGCCGAGAAUUCCAUCGAUUUAUUGAAGAAAAUCAAUUGACAAUGACAGUACCUUUAUCUAAUGCGCUUAUGGAUAUGUAUGUUAAGUGCGGGAACCUUGAAUUGGCAGAGAGGAUAUUCGACAACAUGACAGGAAAGACAGCUAUUUCAUGGACAACCAUUCUUUGUGGGUAUGCCAAAUUUGGUUAUCUCGACAAGGCCCGCAACCUCUUUGAUCAAAUUCCGGAGAAGAAUGUCGUUCCUUGGAAUGCACUGAUGGGGGGCUACAUCCAAUCGAAGCGUGGCAAAGAGGCUCUCUCAUUGUUCAAUGAGAUGCAAGCGGGUGGCAUAAAGCCUGAUGAGGUGACAAUGGUGCAUUGCUUAGCAGCUUGUUCCCAGCUUGGGGCACUCGAAGUUGGAGUAUGGGUUCACCACUACAUAGAAAAACACAAGCUUUCAUUGAAUGUUGCUUUAGGGACUGCUUUAGUGGACAUGUAUGCCAAAUGUGGGAACAUCGAUCGAGCUCUCAAUGUUUUCCAGGAUAUGCCAGCAAGAAACUCCUUAACAUGGACGGCUGUAAUUUGUGGUUUAGCCCUUCAUGGGCAUGCUCAGGACGCAUUAUGUUUCUUCUCAGAGAUGGUUGAUAAUGGACUGAAACCUGACGAUGUCACCUUUCUAGGGGUUUUAUCAGCUUGCCGUCAUGCAGGUUUGGUUGAAGUUGGGCGUCGAUUCUUCAACCAGAUGAUGUCUGAAUUUAAUAUAAAACCACAGCUCGAGCAUUACUCUUGUAUGGUCGACCUUCUUGGUCGGGCAGGUUUAUUGGAAGAGGCUGCAGAGCUUAUUGAUAGUUUGCCAAUGAAGGCAGAUGCCACAAUAUGGGGAUCACUGUUUUUUGCCUGUCGGGUUCAUAGGAACGUGUCACUGGGUGAAAGAGUGGCCUCAGAACUCCUGAAAUUGAAUCCCGAUGAUGGUGGCAAUUAUGUCUUACUGGCGAAUAUCUAUGGAGAAGCAAACAUGUGGGAAGAAGCGGGGAAGGUGAGGAAGAUGAUGAGGAAGAGAGGAGUUGAGAAGACUCCAGGGUGCAGCUCAAUUGAGGUGGAUGGCAUCGUGAAUGAGUUUACUGUGAGGGAUAAAUCACACCCUCAGGCGGAAAGUAUAUAUGAGUGCCUUGUCCAGUUGACAGGGCAACUGUGUCUUGUGGACAUCUCUAAUGAGUUUUCUCUCGACUUCUGAAUUACCUCUCUUUGAGAGGAACAGCUGUAGGUUCUUUCACUUCUUUCGGUGCUAGUCGCUACAAAAUCAUGGCCAGCGAAGUAAAAAGUCAAGUUGCUUCCACUCAAAUAAGUGAGGUGUAAUGGUCGACCAUUGCUAGCAUAGACCAUUUAGGCGGCUGUCUCCGUCCAAUCUGAAAGCUUUGAUGAACUUAGCCUUAUUGGUGGGUUUGAAGUUUCGAAGGUCUGGGCCAUUGUCUCGUUGUCGUACAUCAGCAGUUCAAUCUUUUAACAGAGGCGGCCUCUGUCUCUAGUUCUGCUUCCAUGGCUGCUGCUGCUGCUGCUCUGAUGAAGUUUAAGCAGAUUAUCUGCCUUGGAUAUGAAGUUCAAGAUCUUAAAGCAUACAUGGUUGAUCAGGAUGUCAAAAUCAAGUCUUAGUCGGUGAGUGGGAUAUUCGAGUUCCAUUACAUGCAAGAGAAGGCUGAAGAUGAAGAGUUGCAAUUAGUUAAUCAAAUGAGUUGCAUGACUUUAGAUAAGAUCAACAAGCGCAGGAGGUACGUGUUAACUACUUAGUAGGAUACUGAAGAAGGCGGCUUUGGUUUGUAUUGGUCGAAACUCAUUGAUUGAUGGAAUUCUCAUGUGGCGCGAUGCUUCACGACAGGAGUAUUUAGCAUCAAUGCUAGCAUCUACUGCAGAUCCAACCAGCAAAAUCAGAAUGAUAAGCGGUACUUCUUUUUUCUUCCUUCAUCCUUUUCAUUUCCCAUUGCCUACGGAUCUUCCCAAGAGCCACUUAUGCCAAUAUCUGAGCCCCGACUACGGUCUACCGUGGCAUUCCAAGAUUUGGGACUUUGGGUCACCAAAGCCUGUUGGGCUGUAGGAGGAAGUGGUGUCUUUUGGACCACUCCCGUUUCUUUUCCCCAUGGUGUCCCAUUGACAAGUACUCCUCUUAGUCCCAAAGUCAUAAAAAGAGAGGACAUUAUCUGCAGUGAGUGCCCAUUUCUCCCUUUUGGUUGGAGGUGAUAUGUUGCCAAGGAGGACCCCCCCGGGGCUGCGGCUCGUAACGGUAUUAGAUUGGAAUCGACUAACCAUCAAGACAUGAAUAUUGCCACACUCCCAUGAAAUCACGGGG